GACCUCUCACAACACCACUGACAUAGCAUUCAUACAUACAUCUGUACAUACAUCUCUCUCCCCUCACUCUACUAGAGAGUAGAAAAGCCACAAUAUCUCCGUCAAUCUCUCUCAUCACAUUCCGAAAAUCACAAACAUUCUGAUCCAAUGUCACACUCUGUAUACGGAGAUCUAGGCCCUGAGAAUUUCUAGUAUUGUCUCUCAUCAUUAAUUUUUUCUCUCUCUCUCUCUCUCUCUAUAUAUAUAUAUAUAUAUAUAUAUGAUGGAUCGUAGACGAACUGAUAGUCCGGUUUACGCACGCCAGUGGAGCAGCGAAUCGAGCGUUACCGCUGGCUCUCCGGCAAUGUCGCCGGUGCGUCACCACCACUCGCGGUCGUCGUCCACCACCAGCAUUUCCAACAUCAAGCGGAAUCAGAACUUCGCCGCCAAGGCCGCCGCUCAGCGGCUCGCUCAGGUCAUGGCUACUCAGGCGGCCGACAAUGAUGACGACGAGGACGAGGACGAUGAAGAUUUAGGGUUUCGAUUCGCUGCUCCUCUGCCGCCAUCUCUUCCCCGAACAGUCAACGGCAACAACAACAGGCCGGCGAUUCCCUCUUCAAAGAUCAAUAGAUCUCCUUCACCAGCAUUAGCCCGGAACUUUGUAGAAGAAACUCCAUCAGUUCGCUCAACUUCAGCUGGAAGGCUAUCAAUGUCUAUUCGUACAACUCCAUCAUUACCACCUGCCAGAACAUCUCUAAGGACUCAAAUUCCUAUACCACCAAUUGAUCCUCCUAGGCAACGAGAGAAAAGAUUCUCAUCAGAUAUGGGGCAAAUAAACUUGAAAGAGACGGGAGAUCAACGCGAGGCUUCUGCUCUUCGUGAUGAACUUGAUAUGCUACAAGAAGAGAAUGAGAAUAUUGUUGAGAAGCUCAGAGCUGUGGAAGAAGGUUGUGAAGAAGCACAAGCUAGAGUUAGGGAGCUUGAGAAACAGGUAGCUUCUCUUGGAGAAGGGAUAUCUUUGGAAGCUAAAUUAUUGAGCAGAAAGGAAGCCUCAUUGCGACAAAGAGAGGUUGCACUUAGAGAUGCAAAACAAACGAAAGAUGGGGCGGAUGAGGAAAUUGCAUCCCUUCGAUCUGAAGUUAAGAAUGCAAAAAGUGAGGCUGCCGUUGCUGUGGAUCAGCUGCAGGGAACUGAAUCUGAAGUUAAAGCUCUUCGUUCAAUGACACAAAGAAUGGUUCUGACUCAGAGUGAAAUGGAGGAAGUUGUGCUUAAGAGAUGUUGGCUUGCGCGCUAUUGGGGCUUAGCUGCCCGGCAUGGCAUCUGUGCAGAUAUUGCAGUGUCGAAGCAUGAGUACUGGUCCUCCUUAGCACCUCUUCCUUUUGAAGUAGUCAUUUCUGCCGGACAAAAAGCUAAAGAGGAAUGCUGGGAAAAAGGUGAGGACAAUACUGAGAGGACGAACAAACUUGUUCUGGACAUAAGCGAUCUAACUGGAGAAGGAAAUAUUGAGAGUAUGCUUUCAGUUGAAAUGGGCUUGAAAGAGCUUGCUUCCUUGAAGGUUGAAGGUGCAAUUGUGCUUGCAUUGGCCCAACAGCGACGUGCAAAUGCUCUUCGACUAUCCGUCUCAGAUAUUAAAUCACCUGGAGAUCCAAAGUAUAUGGACGCGUUUGAACUGAGUGCAGAGGAGUCUGAGGAUGUUCUUUUCAAGGAGGCAUGGCUUACAUAUUUUUGGGGAAGAGCCAAAGCCCAUGGUAUAGAAGAGGAGAUUGCCAAAAAACGACUUCAAUUUUGGAUUAGCCGUAGCCGACAGUCACCAACUUCGCAUGAUGCUGUGGAUGUGGAGCAAGGUCUGGUGGAGCUGAGGAAAUUGGGUAUUGAGCAACAACUCUGGGAAGCAUCCCGCAAGGAAAUCGACUCUUCCAGUUCUACAGCACAAAAAUCUACGAGAAGAUGAAAGAAUGCUUUUUAAAAGCAUGCGGCGGCGUUGAAGCUUCUUCAUUUGGCUCUUUCACAGGUUGUGUUACCACAUAUAUAUAGUACUGGCUUUGUCCUAGAUCACAUCAGUUGAACUAUUGAAUGUAACUCUUACCCUUUUAAGUUGUUUACUUGAUGUAUCAUAUAACCCGAGAGAUAUUAAAAUGUCAAAUUUUGAUUAAAA